UUGCCAUUUUCCUUCAUUUUUUUUAAUCAUUUCUUUGUGUUUUGGCUGAUGGUUUUUCCUUCGUUUUAUGAUUUUUACUGUGAUGCCUUCUGUAAUUGCACACAAUAGAAGCAUGGCAUUCUUGGGGAGAUCAGAACAACCAUGAAACGAGAUUUUUUUAAUUUGAUUUUGCAGGUUUUCGGCUAAUGGACAUCGAUCAGACGUAAUCAUCGACGUCAAUGGAGCCAUCUUUCACCUUCACAGGGGCCCACUGGUAUCCAUGUCUGCUAAACUAGCAAACAUGCUCAUAAACAAAAAUUCUAAAAUCCCCACCUGUAUUACUCUCCCCGAUUGCCCGGGCGGCCCUGAACUCUUCGAGCUCGCCAUGAAAUUCUGUUAUUCCCAAAAUUCCAAUGUAACUCCCGAUACUGCCAUCCCCCUUUACUGUAUCGCAGCUUACCUCGACAUGACCAAAAAACAGCACCCCAAAAACCUCCUGAAACUCAUUGAAGAAUUCUUAUACGAGGCUGUCUUGCCUUACUGGAACGAGUGCGUUCGUGCCCUUCGAAGUUGCACCUCUGUGAGCCACCAUGCUGUCUCGUUUGGCCCUGUGCGACUUCUCUCUGAAGCCAUUGCUGCAAAGGUUGCUCAAGACCCUAGCCUCCUUGGUCCCCAGAUGGAACCCGCGACCGGCGCGAAACGGAGGCUCUUUGAUUGCUCUCGUGAGGAUCUCACGACUCUUAGUCUGGAAUUAUACAAGUCUGUUAUAUCCGUGGUGAUCUCAUCUGGGGUCUCAAGGGAGUCCGUGGCUGGAUCACUCUUCCGAUACGCAUCAGUUGCCGGAAAUCGAACCCUACAGAGAGAUGUUAUCGAGGUUGUCGAGGAACUGUUGCCCAAGGGGGUGGCAACCUGCGACAUGCUGUCUGAGCUCCUACGCAGGGCUGUGUAUGUGCAAGCCUCAGAUUCCUGCCGCUCGGGUUUGGAGCGGAGGCUGAGUCUAGUGCUUGACAAGGCCUCUGUGUCUAACCUACUAGUGCCGGCCCACGGAUACUCACGCCACACACAGUUCGACCUCGGCUGCCCGCAUCGGAUCGUGCGUCAGUUUGUUGAGGCCCAUGUGGGCUCAGACCUUGGAGCCCUGUCAUCUGUCUGCGGACUCAUCGACCAGUUACUCGUAGCAGUAGCUCCGGACCCGAACUUAGGUGUCGAGGAAUUUAUGUUGAUCGUGUCUAGCGUGCCUACCAGAGCACGAACUUGCGCAGACGAGCUCUACAGAGCGAUCGACGUGUAUCUUAGCACACACAGUUUCCUCACAGAAUCGGAACGGGAGGGGCUCUGCAGGGAUCUGGACUGCGGCAGGCUAUCACCAGAAGCAUGUGCGCACGCGGUGCGCAACGAAAGGCUCCCGAUGAGGGUCGCUCUUCGGGUCUUGAUGGUCGGGCAAUUGCAAUUGAGGGAUGAGAUCGUGGGGGUUUCAUCAGAGUCAGAGGCUCAGAAUGCAGGAGGGUCGUCAUCUAAUUCCGGCGAGCUGCAGGAAAACAUGGGGUGGGAAGGGGUGAGGUUGGACAUGGAGAAGAUGGAAGGGAAGUUGUUAGGGUUGGAGGAGGAGUGGGUGAGAAUGAGGAAGGAGAUUGAGGGGGCAGAGAAGAAGGAGAGGAAGAAGGUGAGGAGCUUGUGGAAGGUGGUUUGGGGUGGGCUUGGCUGCAAUUCCAAUGGUGCAUUGCAUGUGUCUGAGAAGAACAAGAGGAGGAGGAUCCAUCUAAGAAACCAGGAGUGAACUUUUUUUCUAGGGUUGGUUUUGAUUUUUCCAGUUUCUUUAAUCUUCAGUGUGUUUUUCAUAUUCAUUUGUAUUUAUGUUUCUUUGUAAAGGGCUAACAUGUAAUCAGCAAGGGCCCUUUUCUUGUCUUGACCAUUUUCCAUCAUUUUUUUCUAGACCAUUUUAAUUGUUCCAAGAUUUUUCUUCCGAAAAUUAGUGGC